AAUGAAUGUUGAAAUUGACUCAAUUGAAUUGACUGAUCCUGUCCAGCAUGAUAAUGAUUCUUUGGCGAGUAAUCCAAAAAUUAAUCAUGAAAUGAAAGAUGCAGCAAAAUCUACAGAUUUUGAGGAGACAGUUGACACAAAUGGAAUUUUACCAAAAUCGAGAUCUUGGAUUAAAUUAAAUGUUGGAGGAAAGUUAUUUAUGACAACAAUACAAACAUUAUGUCGUGAAAGUGGUUCUUUCCUUGCUCGUCUCUCACAAGAAGAUCGUUCAUUGCCAAGUGAGAAAGAUGAAUCUGGAUUUUAUUUAAUUGACCGUGAUUCUGAUUAUUUCUCUUCGGUGCUAAAUUAUCUUCGUCAUGGAAAGGUUAUUCUUGAUCAUGGACUUUCUGAAGAAGGUCUUCGUGAAGAGGCUGAAUUUUACAACUUGCCAAAAUUAAUAGCUCUCUGUAAGGAACGAAUUGCUGACCGUGAAAGACAACGGAAAUCAUUAUGUCAUGAAGACGAAUUGACUAAUGUAAUCUCAGCAAUGUCUGAUGGUUGGAAAUUUGAACAGCUUGUUCCAAUAGGCCAAUCAUCACAUCCAAGUGAAUCUGGCCAACCAGAAUAUUUGUGUGUUGUUUCUCGAGAAUAUCCAGUUUCUGCUACUGAUGGACAAAAUAAUGAGGCUGUGUCUGAUCGAGCACAAUUUUUGCAAAUGAAAGCAAUGAAUGGUUGAAAUAAAUAAUUGAAUUUUUCGACUUUUAAAAGUAAAGAAAUUUUUUUA